AUGACAGGUGAUAUAACUAUAUUAUACGGUUCAGAAACUGGUAAUGCAGAAGAAUAUGCCAAAUACUUGAAACAAAGAUUACGAUCUUACAAUUUGAAACCAAUCAGUCUUGCAUCACUAGACGAUUAUCCUUUGAGGCGAUUGGUAACACACACUUCGUAUUUAAUUAUAAUAUGCUCUACAACAGGACAAGGAGAAAUACCUAGAAAUGGGAAGAAGUUUAUGAAGUUUAUUUUGAAGAAAAAAUUACCUCUGGAUUUAUUCCAACAUUUGCAUUUAACAACGUUUGGUUUGGGAGACUCGUCAUACAUUAAAUAUAAUUACGCUAUUAAAAAAAUUCACACUAGAUUGAUGCAAUUAGGGUGCCAGCUUUUAUCUCCUCGGUGUGAAGCUGACGAAAUUUCCCCUGAAGGUGUUGAUGGAUAUUACAUAGAAUGGGAGGCUGAACUCAUUGCAGCAUUGUUAAAUAAGUUUCCAAAUGCCACUCAAGUUAGUUCUGAGGCUGUUCCAAUGCCAGAAUAUAGAAUUUCCGUUUCAAAAGGUGACGCGACAAAAAAUCUGAAAGAGGUUAACAACAAUGCUAUCGUAUCACGACUCGGAAAGGAUGGACUAAAGCUAGGCACGGUAUUGACAAACAAUCGAAUCACAAGUGCUGAUCAUUUCCAAGACGUUCGAGAUUUUAAGUUUUCCAGUACUGACUUGAAUUAUCUGCCAGGAGACACCGUUUCAUUGUUCCCAUGUAACUUUGAUGAGGAUGUUGACGCAUUAUUACAACUGCAACCUCAGUGGCUCAAAAUUGCUGACAAACCAUUGAAUGUGAAAAACAUGCCACAUGCAGAGGGUGGUUUUGCCGAUGUCUUAACGUUGAGAAUACUAUUUAAGUACCAUCUAGACAUAAUGUCUAUUCCCAGACGAAGUUUUUUCGCUUUAUUGUGGCAUUUUGUUGACCCUUCCACUGAGGAUGGAGAAAGAGAACAAGAAAAGCUAAAGGAGUUUGGCAGUUUUGAUGAGCCAGAAGAGUUGUAUGAUUACGCAAAUAGACCAAGAAGACUGAUAUUGGAAACUUUACUAGAAUUCCAAAAUAAUUUAACUAUACCAGUGUCAUAUAUUCUUGAUUUGUUUCCUUUAAUUAGACCAAGAAUGUUUCUGAUUGCGUCUUGUCCAUCAUCCAAUGAAGUUGAAUUGGUUGUAGCAAUUGUUGAAUACAAAACAAUUAUUAGAAAAAUAAGACGUGGUGUGUGUACUAGGUGGCUUAAGAAUUUGAAACCAGGAGAUCAGUUUUUAUUUUCAAUACAAAAAUCGAGCUUUAAGUAUAAGAACAACAAUAGUCCCAUUAUUAUGGUGGCUCCAGGUACCGGUAUAGCACCUAUGAAGUCUUUGAUUGAUGAAGUCUUCCAAGAGAAUUCUUGUCAAGAACUUUAUUUAUUUUUUGGAUGCCGUUUUAAAGAGAAGGAUAAUUUGGUUGACUCAUUUUGGCAUGGCAAUGAAAAUCAGAAUUUUCAUUUAAUUAAUGCCUAUUCCAGAGACUCAAAUUCCAAGUAUAGAUAUGUUCAAGAUGCAUUGUUUGCCCAAUCAGAGCUAAUUGGAAAGUUGUUAAUUGAACAAAAUGCAAGAGUAUUUGUAUGUGGUUCAAGUGGGAAAAUGCCUAGAGAAGUAAAGAUAACUUUUGUUGAAAUAGUAAAGAAAUUCACGGGAAUGGAGGAAGACGAAGCUCAGAAAUACAUUAUCGACUUAGAGGAUAAUGGUAGGUAUAAGGAAGAUGCUUGGUAG